GUUUCCCCCCUGUUUCUCCCUCCUGGUUUCUGUUAGCCUCUUCAAAAGACUCUUUGGAAAAGCCCUCGAUAGUCUCUCCUUGGGGCUGGGCUCCUUGCCCAAAGAAAUGCAGGCUACAAAGCGUCUGGAGCUGCCGCCGUGUGCAAUUAAGAUUUAAAGGCGGUUGUGAUAACAGUCACCUUCCGGAAAACGCCCUACGGCCGUGGUGGGUCUCCAGUUCUUGACAAACGUGGUGGGGAGAUGCAAAUGGCUAAUCCCCUGAAGCAAGUUUUCAACAAAGACCGAACCUUCCGCCCCAAGCGGAAAUUCGAACCCGGGACGCAGCGCUUUGAGCUCCACAAAAAAGCCCAGGCGUCGCUCAAUGCCGGUUUGGAUUUGAAACUGGCCGUCCAGCUGCCGUCGGACGAGGAACUCCACGACUGGGUGGCCGUGCACGUGGUGGACUUCUUCAAUCGCAUCAACCUCAUCUACGGGACCGUCAGCGACUCCUGCACGGAGCAGACCUGUCCGGUCAUGUCCGGCGGCCCAAAGUAUGAGUAUCGGUGGCAGGAUGAGAAAUACCGCAAGCCCACUGCUCUCUCCGCUCCAAAAUACAUGAACCUCCUCAUGGAUUGGAUCGAGGUGCAGAUCAACAACGAGGAUCUCUUCCCCACAAAUGUUGGGACUCCAUUUCCCAAGAACUUCCUCCAGGUGGUGAAGAAAAUUCUCUCCCGUCUUUUCCGGGUCUUUGUCCACGUUUACAUCCAUCACUUCGACCGCAUUGCCCAGAUGGGCUCAGAAGCCCACGUCAACACGUGUUACAAGCACUUCUACUAUUUCGUGAAACAGUUCAACCUUAUAGACACCAAGGAGCUAGAGCCGCUGAAGGAAAUGACCUCACGGAUGUGCCACUGACGUUCCGGGACUUUUCCCGUCAUCUUCCGAGCCGGGACCACUUUCUCUCUCGGGACUGUGGGACUUCCCUCCACCAGAGACAACACAGCCAUGGGGGAAAUGAUAAUUUCCCUUUUAAGAAAAUAAUAUUAUAUAUAUGUUUGUGUGUAUAUAAUUUUUUUAAUGAACUUAUAUUGUUUCAGAACUCCUGGUGAAACUGUUUUAUGAACUGCUUCUGAUCAUUGAAUUUAUUGAUAUAUAUUUCAGAAGGAACUUCUAAUACUUGGGGAAAAGACCACUGUUCCAUACAACAUAUUCUUCAGAUCGACAUCUCUUUACUAUCACCUUCCUUCUCUAAGGCUGGGA